CAAUAGGAGCGCAGGAUGCCGUGUGACGACAGUACAGUUUGGUCUUCUUAUGCGCGAACUGAGGAGGCAUGGGAUGAGAAAUCGGCGCGAGCGGGUCUGAGAGAGAGGAGCUGAACCUGUGCUGUGAGACAAGAGUCCCAACUCUGCCCUCAUCUGAGACAAUGGCUUCCCCUAGUGAAAUCAAGGUGAAAGAGCUGGACAAGCGAGCUUCCGGCCAGGCAUUUGAAGUCAUCCUGGCUGACCCUGCCCCAGAUGCCAAAAGCGAGUUCCCUCUCUCUCCCCCAAAGAAAAAGGAUCUGUCAUUGGAGGAGAUCCAGAGGAAACUAGAGGCAGCUGAGGAAAGGCGCAAGUCCCAUGAAGCUGAGGUUCUAAAGCACCUAGCUGAGAAGCGUGAGCAUGAAAAGGAGGUGCUGCAGAAAGCUGCUGAGGAGAAUAAUAACUUCAGCAAAAUGGCAGAAGAAAAGCUUAAUCAGAAAAUGGAAGCCAACAAAGAGAACCGCACAGCAUUAAUGGCCGCGAUGAACGAAAAAUUUAAAGAGAAGGAUAAGAAGCUGGAAGAGGUACGAAAGAACAAGGAGUCCAAAGAACAAACCGGUGACGAAGCAAAUUGAACUGUACAAUUUCUUUUUCCUUUUUUAAAAUCCAAAGAUUAUUUUUUGUUUUUGUUACUUUGAUGGCCAGUAUUUACGUUCAGCCUCCCCUUCCUUUCUCCUCUCUUUGAAGAAAAUGGGAAUUUCUGGAUCCAAUUUGGGUUUUGUUUUUCAUGCAGCUUUUUGAAUGCAUUGCAGUGGUUUUACAUGUGACUUCACUGUGACUCUUAGUCGAAGCUUCAUUUAUUUGAAUGCUUAGCCUCGUUAAUGCAGCUGUAUAUUAGCAUUUGCCUUUGACACAUCUAUUCAUGUAUGUUGCACCCUUGAAUUGUAUGUUUUGUAAAGCCAGCCUGUUUUUAGCACUGUUUGUAGCUGCUGGUUUGUCCCAGGGGCUGCUAUAGGUUCUCGAUCACUGGUGUUCAGUGUAGGUCACUCGGUUCCAGAAACUGCUAAUCCCUGCUUUAUUGUUCUUUUUAGAUAAUCAUUUUGUCUUUAGCACUUUUCCCUCUUUCUUGCUCCUGCUGCCGUUUUACUUCUUGAAGUUUCUUGAAGAUGGGCAUAGGUCAGUUUCUCAUUAGCACAAAGUUGUUCAAUGCAGAUGAGGGGAUCCAUCCUGGCUUGAAAGCAAAAUACUCUGCUCUACAUGUGGAAUGCAAAAAAAGCAAUACAUUUUGGUGACUUGAUGUAUUAGUAAAUAAACGAAAUGCAACAAGUA